GGAACGGCGGAGCCGCAGCCAUGUCCGGAGCGCCUCUGUGCCCGGUCGUGCAGCAGGUCCGUCCCGUGUCCGCUGCGCCGCGCUUUGAGCCCGCGGAGAUGCGGGAAGCCGCCCACUGCUUGGUAGUGGAUGCUGACGGGAGGAGGAUCCCCUUCGGGACCUUGUACAGGCGGCAGAAGGUCGUCGUGGUGUUCGUGCGGAAUUUCUUGUGUUAUACCUGUAAGGAGUAUGUAGAAGACCUGGCAAAAGUCCCCAGGAGUUACUUACAAGAAGCAAAUGUGAGGCUCGUAGUUAUUGGACAGUCAUCUUAUCAUCACAUCAAGCCCUUUUGCAGUUUAACUGGGUAUACACAUGAAAUGUAUGUAGAUCCACAAAGGGAAAUUUAUAAAAUGCUUGGCAUGAAAAGAGGUGAAGGUAAUGACGUAUCAGUGCAGAGCCCUCAUGUAAAAUCAGGCAUGCUCUUGGGCAGUAUUAGAAGUAUGUGGAGAGCAAUGACUAGCCCAGCUUUUGACUUCCAAGGAGACCCUGCACAACAGGGAGGAACUCUGAUUUUAGGCCCAGGUAAUGAAGUUCAUUUUUUGCAUCGUGAUAGAAACAGAUUGGAUCAUGUUCCCAUUAAUUCAGUUUUGCAACUGGCAGGAGUUAAAACAGUAAAUUUCACAAACAAACCCCAGAUUAUUGACAUAUGACACUGAGGCAGCGUGUCAUUUUUUUUUUGAUGCUCCACAAGAAUGACACUCCAGUGAAUUCCCAACAGCUUCAGUACUCUUCAUCUUUAUUGCAUAUCUGAAACUAUGUCUGGAAGACCAGAGCACAGAAUAAACUACAUGACACUGAAGACUGACUAAAAUACUGCUUCCGUUGUGUAUAAGAUAAUAAAAACUAAAAUACAACUGA